AUGGAUAUGGCGGAUGGUUCAUCGACUCCCUACCUGUCCUCCCACGUUCGCGAUAUUGCCUCCCUCGUAUAUUCUGAAUUUGAACGCCUCGUAUCGCGAUAUGGUGAAGGGGUAGUUGAUGGGAUUGUGCCUAUAAUGAUAAGAACACUCGAACAAGUCGAUCAGUUGCACGAAGCUAAUGAGCUACUUAAAGUUUCGGCUACCCAGAUGGAAAUUGAGUUAGAGUCUGCAGUUAGUAGAUUAGAAAGCGAAAUCCGUGCCAGACGUGCGGCGGAAGAGCAAUUAAUGGUUCUAGAAGAUGAACUUGCCGAGGUAAAGGUACAAAUGAAUAAACGUGUUGCUGAAUUUGCUAGAACUACCCACGCCCUUGAAGCUAGGUGCGUCAAUGCUUACGAACUCGCUUCCAGACAAGAGGCGAAAGUGGCUGAAUUGCAACGUGACUUGGCCAACGCACAGACUCGUUGUAAUGAUCUUCUUUGCUCUCACGUGGCCCAUAUCGAACGUUCGCGUAAUCGAUUACGAAGUCUUAUGACCGAAGAAUCCCGACAUAUCAGUUAUUCAAUCGAUACCCCUCAUCCCAUCCCAGAGGAGAGCUUAAAUUACCCUCCUCGAAUGGAGCCUAUUGCAUCGCCUGCUCUUUCGAAAGAGUUUACAAAGUUGCAAUAUGGCGAAAGCAGCUUUGAUGGAGCAUUUCUUGAUCACGAAGACGAGACGACUGAUUACGAGGCCUUUUUGGGUGACCAACUUUCCACCAAGCUACCUUUGGACGACCCAGAUGAUCCUGUGUCUAGAGCUCUCGAGAAAGAGGUAAAAAAACUGGUUGCUGAAAAUCAGGAACUCCUCGAGAUGAAGCAAAUUGGCUUAUCUGAGUUGCUGCUGUCAACGGGUCCAGACGUGGCCGCCGAUCAAUGCGAUCGAAACGCCCUCAAUGUGUUAAAGGACGACCUCCUCUCUCGCAUUGACGAUCUUUGCGGAGAGAAUGCUAUCGUGAAGAAAGAUCUCGACAUUUGUCGUGACGAGCUGUUUGCCGAGCGUAAACGCGCAAAGCAGCGAGAGCGGUUACUCAUGCAGCGAAACCAACGCCUCACCAGUCAGUUGCACUUAAAUGAAAGGUUAAUUCAAAGCAAACGCGCUAGAGUGCCCAUGAGGUCAUUCUCACUGAAUCGACCGGGUCAAGAGGCCUCCGUCAGUAAGCUACACCGACGCGUCCACAGCUGCCCUGCCGCACUGCCGGCGUUGUUCGUCGACUGGACACCUGCGGCUGAUUCCCAAUUAAGUGCAACACCGAAGGAGGUACCUGGCUCUGGAGAUCAACUGGGAAGUUUGGGAGGCGCUGCUGACAACAGUGGCAAACAAAAUUUCAGCAAACAAGAGAUUUCGCGCGUCAUAUUAGAGCGCAAUUACUAUAAAGAGCGAUUUAUUGAAGCAUAUGACCGACUGCGUGCACUGGAAAUUGAUAGAAGCCAAGUACCCAUUAGGCGACCACGUAAGCGUGAAAUGGUGUCUGCUUUCUUCACUGGAAUUUUCGAGAAGGUGCAGUCCUUUGCCAACGACGUAGCUCAAGGCUUGGACGAACUUGUCACGCCCUUGGAGGAGAGGCAUCCGCCACCAACACAACAUCAAAUCCGAACUUCCACCGCAUUGUGGAAUCUGCUCGGAAAUUUCGUCGGACAGGCAGUAACGUAUACAGCCGAUGUGGUCAUCGGGACAGGGAACGACCUCCCACUAGACGUUUCGAGGCGGAUGAUAGCCGCAAACGUUGACUCCAAGCUGCCCAUGUCUUUUCAACAUCAUUCUGAGAACCGCCCGGUGUAG